GGGUUUGAGGACGGGAAGAGGCUGAAGUAACAUGGAUGUGGGCACCAAAGAGAUCUUGAUGGAGAAUGCACUGCCACCACCGGACUAUUCAGCUGCCUCUCAAGGCCGACUUAGAAUACCCUGCUGCCCUCUGAACAUCAAGCGGCUGCUCAUCAUCGUGGUGGUCGUGGUUUUGGUAGUGGUUGUGGUGCUGGGGGCUCUGCUCAUGGGACUACAUAUGAGUCAAAAGCACACAGAGAUGAUCCUGGAGAUGAGCAUUGGGGGGCCGGAUGUCCAGCAGCGCCUGGCCCUCAGCAGGCAUGAGGGAACCAUCUCUACCUUCUCCAUUGGGUCUUCUGGCACUGUGGUGUAUGAUUACUAUCGGCUUCUGAUUGCAUAUAAACCUGCCCCGGGUGCCACCUGUUACAUCACUCAAAUGACUCCAGAGGAUAUCCCUAGCCUAGAUGUCAUCACUCGAAAAUUUCAGAGUCACCUGGCUAAACCUUCUUUGCCCACUGCUAACCUGAAUCAGGAGGAGGAUACCCCUGCCAGCUCAGAGUCCCAGGUGGACCAGGCUUUCUUGGGCACUACUAUGAAAGUCCUUUGUGGCAAAGUUCCUCUACACUACAUUUAGGGACUAUCUGGUUCUGGGCUGCCAAGAGAGCAGAAGAGAUCCUGCAUGGUUCCUGAGUUUGAAGAAGGUUAUAGUUUAAAAGGAGUAGAAAAGGAGGGGGUUAGGAAAGGGGUGGGGGGGAGGAGGUUGAAGGGAAGAAGUGUGUUUGCUGGAUGCAGGUACUUCUGUUACAAAAAUAAUAAAAUUACUUUAUGAGCUCUUUAAAAAAAA